GCACGGGCAGGGACACGGCCCUGCCGGGCGAGGCGGGUCCCGGCCCGCCUGUCCCCGGGCCCGCCUGGAACCCAGCAAAUUCCAUCCAGCCAAGCCCUCUCUCCCCGCACGCCGCCCGGCGCCGCGCCCCCGCCCCGUUGCGAAGGAAGCGGCGUCGUUGGUUGCUACGAGGCCGGGCCGAGGCGCAGAGCGGCGCGGCGGGCCCGGCGCUGACCCGGCGCUGGAUGGAGCUCGGCGGGAAGGCCGGCGAGGCGGCGAGGGGACAGCUCCUGGCCGGGGCCCCGCAGGAGCGUGCGGGAGGGCGGCCGAGCGUCCCUGGGGAUAGGGAUUUAAUAUUUCAUUUUGAACAGGAUUUACAAGAGGAACGUCGAGUAUUGAAAGAGGAUCAAAAAAUACAUCGGAGCAAGGCAAUGAAAUAUUUGAUGGAGACAAACAGAAGAAGAAGAGCCUUUGAAGAAAGACAGAAGGAAGAAGAAGCGAAAGAACAAAGAUUUAGAGAACAAGUUCUGCAGCAGAGGAAAAUUAAAUUUCAGGAGGCAACUGCUAAGUUUCAGCAUGCUCAUCAGUCCUUGUCUCCACACAAACAAACGGCUCUGAUCUCUCCAGUCCAGACAAAAGCAGCUUUUCAGUUAGAAGAAGCUCUUGAAAAAAUUAAAGGAUCAGUUUUAAGACCAAACAUAAACAAAAUGAACUUCAGAACCACAGAUGACACUUCAUCCUCAUCAGCAUCUAGAAGUGAUUCUUUCCAUCAGAAGCAGAGUUCAGCAAUGUUUGGCUGUGAUGAAACCAUACAGGAGAGCAGUAGAACAGGCAUAGAUAGUCACCAACUUCUUAUCCAGAAAAAUCUGAAAGAAAUACAAGAGCUCCUUGAAAAGCAGCAUCUCAACAAAUUGGAGAAUUUUCAUCAAGAAGUCGAAGAAACAGAUGAUUCAGAAAGCCUGAUGAGCCUUGACAGUCUUGAGGCUGGAGAACAAAAUGGAAAUUGCACAACACAGAGUGAAUCAUCUUUUACCACACAGUGUGACUGUGCCCUGUACGAUCCAGAAAAAUGCCAGACUAGGAAUAAUGGUUUACUUCACACAGAUCAAAGUACUUCUAAAAAUGCACAUCUAAAUAAUUGUCUGAGAAAUGUAGAUUUGCUACACUACCACAACAUACCUAUUCAUGAUCUUUUAGCUAAACAUAAUGUUCUAACUCCUGCUGAACAUGCAAACACUUCAGAAGAGGAAUCAUCUGCUUCUCACAGAUCUAGAAAACAACCUGCAGAAUUUUCUGCCUCUGGUAAGCAAAAGAGCUCUGUAAGUAAUGCAUUUAGUUUUCUGCAAAAUAUCAAAGACAGAAGCAAGCCAUCCUCUGGAACAGCUAGCACAUUUGCCACUGGUCAUCCUAUUUUCAAUUGUAGCAGAGCCUGGGACAGCCCUGAUUCUAUUCCAGGAGAAAGAAUUCAGGAUCUGACGCAAGAUCAGAGUUUUAAAAUGACCCCACAGGAGAGAACUAAAUCUAUGCAAGCAUCCAGUCAACCUAUUGCAACAUCUGUAAUCUUAUUUCCUAAUCGGGGAUGUUCCACUGGUAUUCCCAGCACAGCUGAUGUAUUACCAAAGGACAAAAACAUCAGUACAGGCUUUUUAAAAAAUACCUCAGGAAAAAUGACUGAAACAAAAGAAGAAAACAUUAAAUGCGUGAAUGACAUUAUUUCAGAGGCAUCUUUAUUUCAGGACAUACCAAAUGUUGUGUUGGAAGUUAAGAAACAGAAUAGUAAAGGAGGAAAAGGAAAUAUAAUUGAAACAAUGUCACUUUUACCUGAUAUAGAGUUUAAUUCUGACAGUCCUGCACAGGACAAAAUUCUAAAAAAUAAUAUUCUUGAAAGAAAAAGAGUGAAGUUACUCAGUAUCUUAAAGAAGGAUUCUAAAUAUGAACCUAGUAAUUUUAAAGCUGUGAUUGCAGACCAUGGGAUCAGUUUUGAAACUCAACUUAUGUCAUCUAUCAGAGACAGUUUAGAACUGGCAAAAAUAAAAAAGAAAAGUGCAGAAAAUGAAAAAUAUAAUAGGAAGCUAAAAUGGUGUGAUCAAAUUGACCAGAUAAUUAUAGAAAAUAAUGAAAAAUACUAUGAAAAAAGCAUAGGUGGAAUAUCAUCUUCACAGCUGCAAUGCGUUCAAACUGCAAAUAAUGCUACUAAGAAUAAUUUAAGUACUGUUGCUCAGCCUUCAAAUCCCAUGUUCGUAAAAGAUCAUCAGGAAAAUUCUCAUAUAUCAAAACCAAAUGUUAAUACUGAAAAAUCAAAUAAAGAAUACCCAUCUCAGGAUAUAUUUACAUCUGCAGGAUCCUUUUCUACUAAGAAAGCUUGGAUGGUAUCAAAAGAUGAAGCAAGUAAGCCCCCAAUAUGUAGCAAUAAUGCUAAAAUUAAAGAAGGUGGUCAGCUCAAAAAUAAGGCAAAAAUAGCCAGAAGAGCAACAUCUGUAAGAGUCCAGUCAUGUUUUAUGCCCAAGAAGAGAAGAGGCACUAUGAUCCAACUGCAGUCAGCCACUGAAGCCAACAAAACUCAAAAAGCUCCAGGGAAGUAUUUCACACCUCACCCACCUUCCACACCUCUGCCGGGAAGCAGAAGUGUUGAAAACAAAGCCAGCCCUGGGUGUCAGUCACUGCCGCCUGCCAGCCUGCAAGCUACCAGUGAUUUCACUGACAGGCAUGUAGUGCUAGCAAGUCAGGUUUUAAAUAGGAGCAGUGCAGAAAACAGGGAGAAUACUGCUGGUUGUGCUGGCUUGGUCACUGCCAUCUCUACACCUGACUGCAACACGGCCAAAUACGAACCUUGGGCAAAAAAUACUUGUUCUGUAAAUAAAGUUCAGGCAAGUGCCUGCCAAGAUCAUUCAGUAACUUGCUCUGAAAGAAGACCUGUUAACACAGAAAAUGGAUUACAUCUCUAUCAUAUCCCAGCAGCUGGAAAAACAAGCACCUUCUGGCAUGAAGCACAUUCUACCCAAGCUCCAAAAGGCUCUGCUACUGGUGGUGCUCCUGUUACAAGACAAAAUCAGGCUUUUGACGACUAUGAAAAUAAACACCGAGCUUUUUCAGAAUGCAGAAGACAAAGUGUUGUCUCUAAAAUGUGGAAGCCUCCUCAUCAUACACAGAAUUCAUUAUGUGCUGUCCAGCUCAAUCCCAUUCAAUCUGCAUUGGAUCCAGUACAAAAGAUGAAAAACCUCUCUGACUCUGAGAAAGUUUCAGAAAGCACUGCUCAGUUUCUAGUGGCAGAAAAACUAGCAAGUACACCCAUUGCAGAGUGUGAAAUCCUGGCAGCCAUGGACCAUGUGAAGACAGCCACCCAGCCCUCACUGCUUAAAAGGGCUCUGUGUCCAGGCAGGAGUGCUCUUUCCAUAGAAGAACAGAAGAUUUUCCAGUCUCUGGAUAGUCUGAAUCAAAAGCUACAAAAUGUUCAAGAAGCCAUUAUCAGAAACCCAUUUGCUUCACAUGUUUUGCAAUAAACAACCCUUUGUAAGUCUUUAAUUUAA